GGCCGGGGAUCCUGGGCGGUCCAGGCCGGGUUUUGCGGCGGAGCGGUGGAGCUUGCGCGUGUGGACUCCGCUGCGCGUCUUCGCCUGGGAGCCGCAGUCGGCGGGGCCGGGGACCAUGCUGGCCGAGGCGUGGGCCGCGCUGUCGGGGGCGCCCGGGGCUGCCCUGCUUUGCUGCUUCGUGGCGGUCGCCCUGGCGCUGCGCUGGUCUGGACGGGGCGCGGCGCGGGGCGCGGCGGCCCGUGCGCGGCGGAGCCAGCGAGCCGGCCUGGAGACCAUGGACAAGGCGGCUCGGCGCUUCCGGCUCCAGAACCCAGACCUGGACUCAGAGGCUCUGCUGGCCCUGCCUCUGCCUCAACUGGUGCAGAAGUUAAGCAGUGGAGAGUUGUCUCCUGAGGCAGCCCUCUUCACCUACGUGGGAAAGGCCUGGGAAGUGAACAAAGGAACCAACUGUGUGACCUCUUACCUGACUGACUGUGAGACCCAGCUGUCCCAGGCCCCACGGCGGGGCCUGCUCUAUGGAGUCCCCGUGAGCCUCAAGGAGUGCUUCCACUACAAGGGUCAGAACUCCACGCUAGGACUGAGCCUGAACGAGGGGGUGCCAGCAGAAUGCGACAGCGUGGUGGUGCAGGUGCUGAAGCUGCAGGGCGCCGUGCCCUUUGUGCACACCAAUGUCCCCCAGUCUAUGUUCAGCUAUGACUGCAGUAACCCCCUCUUUGGUCAGACCAUGAACCCAUGGAAGUCCUCCAAGAGCCCAGGUGGCUCGUCAGGGGGCGAGGGAGCCCUCAUUGGGUCUGGAGGCUCCCCGCUUGGUUUAGGCACUGACAUUGGAGGCAGCAUCCGCUUCCCUUCAUCCUUCUGUGGCAUCUGUGGCCUGAAGCCUACCGGAAAUCGCCUUAGCAAGAGCGGCCUGAAGGGCUGUGUCUAUGGACAGAAGGCAGUGAAGCUCUCUGUUGGCCCCAUGGCUCGGGAUGUGGAGAGCCUGGCUCUGUGCAUGCGAGCCCUGCUAUGCGAGGACAUGUUCCGUUUGGAUCCCACGGUGCCACCCCUGCCCUUCAGGGAAGAGAUUUACAGAAGCUCCCGGCCCCUGAGAGUGGGAUACUAUGAGAGUGACAACUAUACCAUGCCUAGCCCAGCCAUGAAGCGAGCCUUGCUAGAGACCAAGCAGAGCCUUGAAGCUGCUGGCCACACGCUGGUUCCCUUCUUGCCAAACAACAUACCCCAUGCUCUGGAGACGCUGGCAACAGGCGGGCUGUUCAGCGACGGAGGCCACACGUUCCUGCAGAACUUCAAAGGCGAUUGCGUGGACUCCUGCUUGGGGGACCUGAUCUUAGUUCUGAGGCUGCCCAUAUGGCUUAAAAGGCUGCUGUCCUUCCUGCUGAAGCCUGUGCUCCCGCGGCUGGCAGCCUUUCUCAGCAGCAUGAGGCCCCGGUCGGCUGCAGAGCUCUGGCAACUGCAACAUGAGAUCGAGGUGUACCGCAGCUCGGUGAUCACUCAAUGGAGAGCCCUGGACCUGGAUGUGCUGCUGACCCCCAUGCUUGGCCCCGCUCUGGACCUGAAUGCUCCGGGCAGGGCUACAGGGGCUGUCAGCUACACCAUGCUGUACAACUGCCUGGACUUCCCCGCGGGGGUGGUCACAGUUACCACGGUGACGGCCGAGGAUGACGCCCAGAUGGAACACUAUCAGGGAUACUUUGGAGAUAUGUGGGACAAGAUGCUGAAGAAGGCCAUGAAGAAGAGCGUGGGGCUGCCUGUGUCUGUGCAGUGCGUGGCUCUGCCUUGGCAGGAAGAAAUGUGUCUGCGGCUCAUGCGGGAAGUGGAGCAACUGAUGACCCCGGAAAAGCGGCUGUCCUCUGGAAGACCUGCCUGUGCAGCUCCAGAGGACCCGGAUCCCAUGCACCCUGUGGUCCAGCCUAGUUAGGGCACCUUGCCAUCCCACAAGGAAGUGUUCAGCAUGGGGUAAAGACUUCCAUGCCUGUCACCCUGACCCUCCCCCCCCAAAUUCUGGACCUUGCUCCCCUCCCUAGACCCCUUUCUGUCCUGGUCACCUCCCCCAUGUGACAGCCAGCCCCUGUGACAUGGGCAAAAGCCCACCAACAGUGAAGAAACAUUUUCUUGUC